AUGUUGGCCUACAUACUACCGUCAUUACAAGCGUCAAUAUGUUUGCUUAUCAUUGCAAUUGAUUACGCACAACAAAUCCAUCAUAUCCCUAUUAUUAAUGCUUUUUAUUUACUUAGAAUUAAUGCUUGGCAAGUAUUUACAUAUUUAAAUCGAAAAAUCGAGGAUUUUCCUGAUUUUCUUAAAUGUGCAUUUUCAUUAAAUUCAAAUAUAAUCAUACGAAGUGAAAAUAUGCAUAAUGAUUCGGGUUACUUAAGUUCAUCGCCACCAACAAGUAAUUAUAAGAAUAAACGUAAAAGAAACGAGAGUGAUGAUGAUGAUGAUGAUGAUGAUGAGAAUAAUUUUUAUAAGAUUAUUGUGGAUAAUAAUGAUGAAGAUGAAGGAAAUGAAGAGGAUAAAGAUAAUUCAUGCAAAAAAUUUAUGGCACCUUCAAAUACGAAAGAUUCUUUUUCAAGAGAAUUCUCUAAUGGAAUGAAUGAUUUUAAUGAAAAAGAAAUGUGCUUUCCGGAAAAAAUUUUCUCAUCCAGAUAUACUGUUCGGUAA